AACCCUUAGACAAUUUCUAUUUACAUAUUAAUGUGUUGAAAUAUUUAACAACCUUCCAAUAUAAAUAUUUAUUUAUAUAUUGAAUAAAAAACAAUAACAACAACAACAGAGCCUAAAUUGAUUUUUUUAUCGAUAGCUCUGGAGAAGUCAAUUGAUUAGCAUAGAUAUAGAUUCAACGAUAUUAUCAACGUUCAAUUAAGCAUUACAAUGAUAAUUGCGAAAUUACGUGUCAAAGAACAUGUACCUCGAUAAAAACAAGUCUUUCAUAUUGGGAGUAGUAGUUACAUCCUUAACAUGGAUAAUUUGCAUUUUUCUUUAUUUGCAAUUAAACUACGAAAAAGAAAAAAUCCAAGAACAACGAAAAGCUGCUCGAGCACACCUUCAAAAGUUCGUGUUACUUCAUAACGAUUCAGGUAUCGGAUAUGAAUUAGGUAUGGUUAGAACUAUUGAAGACAAACGUAAACGAGACUUUGGAUACAAAACAUACGCAUUUAAUACUUUGGUCAGUGAUGCGAUCGGUUUAUCGAGAACCAUACCCGAUAGUAGACACAAAACGUGUCCAACACAAAUGAGUAGCAGCAUUACAUUUCCGUCCAUAUCUAUAAUCAUGUGUUUUUAUAAUGAGCAUCACAUGACCCUUUUGAGAUCAAUAAACUCGAUACUCAAACGUACUCCAGAUAGUCAUGUUAAAGAAAUUAUCAUGGUUGACGAUUACAGCGAUAUUGUAGAGCCUAAUUUAAAAGAAGAAAUAUCUAAAUUCGAUAAAUAUCAAAAAGUAAAAAUUCUCCGAAAUCAUCAACGCGAAGGACUUAUUAGAAGUCGUGUUUAUGGAUCGCGUCAAGCAACAGGAGAUAUUUUAGUGUUUUUGGAUAGUCAUAUUGAAGUAAAUGAAAAUUGGUUACCACCUUUAAUCGCGCCAAUCUUAGAAAACUCAACGAUAGUCACCGUGCCUAUCAUAGAUUUAAUUAAUCCCGACACCUUCACUUAUUCAUCCAGUCCAAUGGUCAGAGGUGGAUUCAAUUGGGGAUUACACUUUAAAUGGGAUAAUUUGCCUAAAGAUACACUCAAAACUGAAGAAGACUUUUCCAAACCAUUUCCUAGUCCUGCAAUGCCUGGAGGCUUGUUUGCAAUAUCUCAUAAAUAUUUUGUCAAAUUGGGAGAGUACGAUCUAGGUAUGUCAAUUUGGGGUGGUGAAAACAUUGAAUUUUCAUGGCGUAUUUGGAAUUGUGGGGGAAAGAUCUUGAUUGUUCCUUGUUCCAGAAUAGGACAUAUUUUUAGAAAAAGACGUCCCUACGGAUCACCCGACCAAACAGAUACCAUGUUAAUAAAUAGUCUUCGUGCUGCUUUUGUAUGGAUGGAUGAAUACAAAGAUUUUUUUUUAAAUACAACAAACUUACAUGAAAUUCCUGAUUAUGGAGACAUUCGCGAGAGAUUGCAAAUCAAAGAAAAGCUCAAAUGUAAAUCGUUCAAAUGGUAUCUGUCCAACGUAUAUCCAGAAUUAUCAUUACCAGGUCAAACAAAAACAACUGAUGUAAAACCAAUAUUCGUUCCUUGGAAUUUACGGAAGCGAAAUUAUGUCCAUCAAUUUUAUAUUAAAUUAAAAAACACCAAUUUUUGCAUUUCAAAUUCAAAUAAAAACGGAAUACAUUUAAUCAAAAAAGGUGCCGCGCUAAAAUUACAAGAAUGCUUAUCAAAUAAAAACCAACAAUGGUUUGAAACCGACAAAGCAGAAUUAGUAUUGGGGCGUUUGCUAUGCCUUGAAACAUCUUCCUCAAAAGGAGGAAACUUGCCUAUAUUGAAUAAAUGUCAUGAAAGUGGUGGAGACCAACAAUGGAAACUGAAAGGAACUAAAAAUGUCAAAAUAUAUAAUAUUGCUGCAGGUACCUGUUUAUCAGCAGAAAACGCUGGGAUUGACGCACCAGUAACUUUAUCGAUUUGCUCGAAUGACAAUUUGGACACUUGGGAGUUAGUCUCAAUCAUGUGAUUGCAAAGUUAAGUUUCGAAACAAAAAUAAAGAGCAUUUUAUUUAAAUA